GCCGUCGUAUUCAAAAUUACCGACAAAAGAAGCGCGUCUAUCAUUACAAUCUGCGCCAGUUUUUCUUUAAAAAAAUUGAGCUAGCUGUCGAAUAUUGUUUUCCCAAAGGUACGUUGGUAGUAAACUGGAUUUGGUGUUUUUAAAUACAGGUGAAUUACGCGAUUUCUGCCUGGAGACUUCAGCACCAAGGACUUGCCACACACACACACACGCAUACUAAUUACUCGAUCGGCAGGCCAGGCCACAAACAUGUCUGGACUUAAAAAAUUCCAAAACAACGAGGCAUGGCGUCAAGAACUGCGUGCGUACCUCUUGACCGAUUGCUCGCCCAAGAAGCAAGGCAAGAUCGAGGAUAAGCGGUACAGCCGGGAGAUGGACGGAGAUUUAAGGAAGCCGCUGGAAAUCAGGACCGAUACGAAUCCGGCCGCGGCCGGAAUCACCCAGAGAACCAUUCAUCUCACCGAAGACACCAUGUACGAGGGAGCCAUGGGUUACUCGGAGGAAAUCGAUGACAGCUUCGACGCCUUUGAGAAAAUGUGCGACAAGACUGGAUCCGAUCCGGACAGCACUCUCUUCCAGUAUCUGCACAGUGAGAAAAGAAGCCAGGUGCUGGCCAUGGCCAAGGAUAGAAGUGCCUCGACCAGUCGCAGCGCCACUGAUCAGAUGGAAAUCGAUGCACUGCGUCGCAUGCUCGAGGCUGUUGGCACCGAUGAUAUGCUGGACAACGAGAGUCCCGUCAAGGGUGUCGAGUGCACCCAGCUGGAGGAUGUGGAGGCGCCCUCGCGCUUCUGGGACAACGACAACACCCUGGCCGGCAGCAUCGAUGAUACCGUUUUGGAACCCAAGACCAAAGUAUCGCCGGUAAAAAUGGUGGGUCUGCUUCGUCCCUCUACCAUUAUCGAAGACAAUGAACUCGAGUCCUCGGCAGUGUCAUCGCUGAACAGUUUUCUGAGCGCUCGCACUCGAAAGACGAAUGCAUCGAGUUGUUAUGAGACAGCCACUGAUAGUUCCCUCACUAGUGGAACGCUCCUCAAUGUCGAUGAGCUGUUUCAUGCUGCAAUUGCCAAGGCCAAGCCACCAGGCAUGUCUAAGGGGGAGGAACAAGAGCUUCUAAUCGAUCUCCACGGAAGCCUGAGGGAGCUGGCGUUGUCCCCCAAGGAGCUGCCAGAGGAGGCGAACGAUCAAUCGGAUGAUAUACUAGAUGACACCGUAAUUGAGUUGUCCUCUGAUGACGAUGAUGAUGUUGAGGAGGUCAAGGUCGUUUCAGAUAUUAAACAAGAGGUCUCAACUCGCCUUACGAAUGUCCAGGGGGAUGGGACCAUCGAAGGGAAUCAAAUGGAUGACAGCAAGGAAGACAAGGAAAACGACUCUUUGCAUUUUAACGAUACUAUGGAGGAAAUGCAGUACAUGAUGGAAAAGGGCAUGGAGUAUAUAAACAAUGGAGUUGCAACACCACUCGCCGCUAAGCCGAAGAGCCCGCUGUUGCCCAAGCAGAACACGUUCCUGGUGUCACCCAAGACAAUACAGAAAUCGCCAGAAGCCCGCUUCUUGGAGCCACCUUUGCCGUUGCGUCCCAGUAACAAGCCAAAAGGCGUCGAACCCUCGCCCAGCAAGGGCAAAAUGGCCCCCAAACACGACCUCAACAUGGACUGGACCAAGAAAAAGUUUUUUCCUCAGUUCGGCCACAUUGUCAGUCCGAUUCGCGCCUACACCCAGAAAUCGGGCACUGCUCCUCUGAUGAGCCUGUUCCGUCCAACCAGUGCCGAUAUAUUCAGUACCUUGGCCAUCAGUGAGCUGGAGCAGGAAUCACGGUUGUGUCAACUGAAACCCAUGUGCAACACGGCAGCUAGCAGCUCAAAAGCGAGCGGUGCCAGUGCCCUGAUCAAUGGCAUUGACUCCUCCGCCCAGGUGCUGCCCAAGAAGGCUUACAUAUCAUCGGAGAUCAAACACGUGGUCGAUGAGCGCACUCCCUUCUCCAUGCCUAGUGUACCACAGAUUCAAAAGAAUCUAAACUCGGCCGUGGAACCGACAGUGCUCCGUCACGAUGGCAAGAUGAAAAUGCCCAAUGCACCAGCCGAUAGCAAGUCAUCCUUAUCAUUAUCGCGUAUUCCACGCCGCGCCAACCACAGCCUGGCGGAUCUGUCGCUCGCCUCCGGUGACGUUUCCCUGUAUACGAUUAGAGAUGCCCAGAAAUUCUAGACAGCCAAAAGGGCAAAACGAAAUGUGUUAGGUUUAAUAUUGCAGCGACAAAUAAAUGUAUUUAGCUAGUGCUAGUAAA